CUUCAAGGUGAAUUGGCAGAAAAAAAUAAUUUGAAACCAUGCCCACCGAACUGGAGAAUGCCCUGAAUGGCCUCAUUGAAGUCUUCCACAAGUAUUCCCAAAUGAAAGGGAAUAACCAUGCUGUUGGCAUGACUGAAUUCAGGACUUUGAUAGAUACGGAGUGUCCUCAGUAUACCAGGAUCAAGGACAGCAAUACCUGGUUCAGAGAAUUGGAUAUCAACAGUGAUGGUGCCGUGAGCUUCGAGGAGUACCUCAUACUGCUGAUAAAGAUUGGUGUGAUUGCCCACAAACAAUCCCACAAUGAAUAACAGAAUUACUGUGUUUUGGGGCUUGGCCUUCAAACAUGUCUCUGUACAAUAAAAAAAUAAUUGAUACCAU